CGCUUGGAGAGCUUGCCGCGACCUCCAUUCUACUUCUCAUUUAAAUAGAAGAGUAAUCGUUUGCUUUCUUGUGAUUUUCUUUCCUUGCUGUGGAUAGUUUAGGUACUCUUCCUUGCCCGUCCGCUGAAGAAGCGUGGGCAUAUACUCGCGCGACACAUUCACCCUCCGUAGGAAACCCCCCUAGCUCCAUCCGCGCUCUUGUGCCUGCAAAACGCCGCAAUUCGCGCUGUUGAAACCAGCAACGCUGUAAUAUCGGCGGAUAACUACGCUAUCGAAGCCUCGACGCAGGCUAUAAAGGACCUCGACAUGUCGUUCGCCGUGCCUAGGAACCUGCCCAAUUUCGAGAACGCGCAGCGCAGAUUCGAAGAUAAUGUUUGGGGAAAGUUUACGGGAAACGAGAAAGGCCUGCCAAUGUAUAAGGAUAAACCCGCGAAUUACGGAGCGAAAAGGGGAUCCGGGAUGUGGUUGAGGCGGAAGAGAAAUAUUGGGCUCGUGGCGUUGGUGGUGUUUGGACUGUUUUAUUGGCUUGGGUGGUUAGGCGGGGCGGCCACUGAAGGGGUGGAGCAGGGAAAGAAGGCUGGAGGUGGAAGUGGGGGUGGGAGUAGUGGGAGCUGGAGUAUAUUACCUGGGGCAAAGAAGGGCAAGGUCGAUUGGGAGAAGAGGAGAGAGAGUGUGAAGGAUGCGUUUCUGCUCAGUUGGAAGGGCUAUCAGGAGCAUGGGUGGGGAUUCGACGAAUACCACCCUGUCUCCCAAAAAGGGCGAUUCAUGGCAGAGCCCGGUGGUCUCGGUUGGAUCAUCGUAGAUGCACUGGAUACAAUGAUGUUGAUGAAUCUCACUAAAGAGCUGAAACAUGCUCGGGAGUGGGUGUCUACAACCCUAUCGUACGAUAAACAACAGGAUGUAAACACGUUUGAGACUACGAUAAGAAUGCUGGGAGGUCUGUUAUCGGCGCACUAUCUACAAGAAAUUCUUCCAGGGAUGAAACCCGAGAGCGCGAAUGAGGAAGAUCUCUAUUUGGAGAAGGCAACAGAUCUUGCAGACAGGUUGAUGGGGGCCUAUGAAUCGCCGUCAGGAGUGCCGUGGGCGAGCGUUAUUCUGAAGACGGGGAAAGGCGAAGCUUCUCACGCAGAUGGAGGAGCUUCAUCGACGGCAGAAGCGACAAGCCUGCAAUUGGAGAUGAAAUACCUCGCCUACCUCACCGGAGAGUCUCAUUAUUGGGAGAAGGCCGAGAAGGUCAUAAAAGUUGUUGACAACAACGGCGCUAGGGACGGUUUGGUGCCCAUCUUUAUCUACGCCGACAGGGGCGAGUUCCGAGGCAGCGAGAUUCGUCUCGGCAGUCGAGGAGACUCGUACUAUGAAUACUUAAUCAAACAGUACUACCAGACGCAGAAACAGGAACCAAUCUACCUCGAUAUGUGGAACGAGGCUCUUGCAGGUGUAAAGAAACACCUCAUCACAUACUCCAAGGACAGCCAUUUCACCGUUCUCGCUGAGCGACCCGCUGGCCUGGAUGGUCAUCUCCACCCCAAGAUGGAUCACCUAGUGUGCUUCAUGCCGGGAACAAUAGCCCUAUCCGCAACCGGCGGCCUGAAUCUCACCGAAGCGAAGAAACUCCCAACCUGGGGCAAACAGCAAGAAGAAGACAUGUUGCUUGCGCGCGAACUUAUGAAAACAUGCAUGGGCAUGUACCGCGUCACUGCCACUGGCCUUGCCCCUGAAAUCACGCACUUUGAGAUCUACGACCCUCCCAAAAUGAUGCGGCAGGAGAUUCUCCCCUCGCUUGGCGAUAUUUCCGUUGAAGAUGGAGACUGGAAAACGGAUUAUAUCAUCAAGCCUGCGGAUUCGCAUAACCUGCAACGACCGGAGACCGUCGAGAGUCUCUUCUAUAUGUGGCGGAUCACGGGCGAAGAUAUGUAUAGAGAGUGGGGAUGGGACAUGUUCGAAAGCUUUGUGAAGCACACGAUCAUUGAGAACGGAGGCGGUUUCACAAGUAUCGAUGACGUUACUGUUGUCCCACCACCGAGCAGGGAUAAUAUGGAGAGUUUUUGGCUGGCGGAAACUCUCAAAUACUUCUACCUCCUCUUCGGCCCCAAUGAUAUCCUUCCACUCGACCAGAUCGUACUUAAUACGGAAGCACACCCUUUCCCGAGAUUCGAUCCGUCGAAGAAGAGGUUUAAGACGGGGUGGAAAAGGAUUCCAAGGGAUGGGAAGGGAGGGUUGGUUAGAGAGAAGGGGGGGGUUAGCUCUGUGUAGAUGGUUUGUAUUUAUGAUUCCCCAGGAAAUUAGUAGGGCGCAUCUUUGGCGCUGGAGUUGGAGAAUAUAGGUGGACUUGACAU